AUGCCGCCAGACCGACAUGUGCAGCGAAUCGUCCGAUGGCCCCAGACUGUGCCUGGAAAGAGAAAUUCCAGCCAUGGCGACGAAGCUCAAGUAUCUACGACAGAUGAAUACCGACCGAAUAUUUUCGAUGUCAUUGAGCAGGCCAAUGAAAUGGCGAUGCCUGGGAGUCCAUUAUCGCAACGAGCACCAUCUAUUUCAUCGAGUGCAGGGCACUCAGUGAUUAAUGGAGAUCAGUCUGAAGACACAACGCUGCAUGACGAAACCCAUAACCAGCGACGACUGUCAACAGAUACCACUUCUACCACUAUCAGUGAUGCUCUUGUCACAUCUGUCUCAAUAGGAAACGUGCCGCCACGCAGCCUAUCCCUGAUGCCUGGUUAUGAUGCCGAGUCCUAUCAGCUUCUCAGUCAUUACCUGGCCACAACAGCCGACUGCAUGGCAAAUGGCUCUACACCUGUCAACCCCUUUCUGCUGGUAAUUACUCAAAGCGCCGCUCACCGCGCGUUUCGAUCACGGGAUGAAACAGAUACAAUUGCCCACAAUCACUACACAAAAGCCCUCCAGCAUUUCCGCCGUGGAGUAACGGAUUUUCUAGACGGGAAAGAAUCAAACCCUCUCAUGCUCCUAGUGGGGGCACUUCUGAUGUGUUUUACCGAGACUGCCAAGGGUGAUAUGAAUGGGACAAUAUUCGACCAUUUAUCCGCUGCAAAUUCGCUUUUAGUCAAAUUGCUUGCCCAGAGCGACUCGGCAGUUCCACGAGACUUGAAAGAUUUCGUCAUCGAAUACUACACCUAUACUGCGACCGUCAGCAUGAUCUCAAUAGAUGCUCGCUUUAGCGGCCAGCUUUUCUUGAACUUGGAUCUCGAACAAAGAUCACGCGAAUUACUUCAGACCCAGUAUGUGGGCAAUUUGUGCGGUUGCUGGCUGGAACUGUUGCUGCUGAUCCCGUGCAUCUUCGAUCUCGGCCGACAGUGGGUCAUGGACGAUACGCAGGUGGUCGUUCCAACAGCUGAUGAUAUCGCCAUGUUUGCAUCCAUUCAAUCCCAGAUUCUGCGCUGGUCGCCUUAUGCCAAUGUUGGGAGGGAGGUCCAUCUGGCUGGGCUGAUAUUCCAAGAAUCCAUACUCAUAUAUCUCUACACCUCACUAGGUGGUUUCCAAUACACCAGGGAUGGAAUGUAUAAAGGCAUGGUGGAAAAUGCAGUGACAGAAGCCAUGUCGUACCUAGGUGAGCUGUCACCCAGUGCGCGCAUCAACUCCGGCCUCUGUUGGCCGAUCGCUGUGGUGGGCUCAUGCCUUCUCAAUGCCGACCAACAGGACUGCCUACGAGGACGACUGAAUGCCAUGACCCAAAAGUUUGGCCUUGGGAAUAUGCAUCGAACGCUUCUACUCCUCGAAGCAAUGUGGCAAUCACCUGCGUCAGAAGCCGGGCCAUGGAAUAUUUGCCGAGCAAUGCAGCAAAAUCAAAUAUGGAUCUCAUUUGCGUGA